AUGUCUUCUCAGUCGGAAAAGGAUCUCUCCUGUCCCGUCUGCCAUGACAUCUAUAGAGAUCCUGUCAUCCUGUCAUGCAGCCACAGCUUCUGUCGAUUCUGUCUGCAGCUGUGGUGGAGCAAGAAUCUAGAACACAACUGUCCACUUUGUAAAAAGAUUCCUUUACUGAAUGAUCCGCCCCGUAACUUGGCGUUAAAGAACCUGUGUGAGGCUUUCUUACUGCAGAGAGAUAAAAAACCUUCUGCAGGGUCUGAGGCUCUCUGCAGUCUGCACAAUGAGAAACUCAAACUUUUCUGUUUGGAUCAUCAGCAGCCGGUGUGUGUCAUCUGUCGAGAUUCAAAAGCACACAAAGACCACAGAUUCAAUCCAACUGAAGAAGCCGCCCAGGAUCACAGAGAGGAGCUUCAGAAACACCUGAAGCCCUUACAAGAUAAACUGAAGGUGUUUGAACAAGUCAAAGGAAAGUUUGAUCAAACAGCAGAACAUAUAAAGGUCCAGGCACAGCAGACGGAGAAGCAGAUAAAGGAGGAGUUUAAAAAGCUUCUGCAGUUUCUACAAAAUGAAGAGGAGGCCAGGCUGGCUGCUCUGAGGCAGGAAGAAGAGCAGAAGUUAAGAAAAAUGGAGGAGAAGAUUGAGUCUCUGAGUAGAGGGAUAAAAACUCUUUCAGAAACAAUCAGAGCCACAGAGGAGCAACUGAGAGCUGAAGACGUCUCAUUCCUCCACAACUACAGGGCUGCAGUCAACAGAGUCAAGCAGCGCCCCCUGCUGAAUGCUCCACGGCUGGUCUCAGGAGCCCUGAUAGAUGUGGCCAAACACCUGGGCAACCUGACCUACAACAUCUGGAAUAACAUGAAGGAGAUGGUCUUCUACACUCCUGUGAUUCUGGAUCCAAACACAGCUCAUCCACAACUCAUCAUUUCUGACGAUCUGACCAGUGUGACAUUUGGAGGGAGACAGAAGGUUCCUGAUAAUCCAGAGAGGUGUCACUGUUGUGAAAUUGUUCUGGGCUCUGAGGGCUUCGACUCAGGGAUUCACAUUUGGGAUGUUGAGGUCGGAGAAGAGGGAUUUUGGGCCUUUGGUGUU